AUGGGCUGUGGAGACAAGCCAAUGCCCCAUUUUGAAUUUACUCAUACUGAAAGUGAAACUAAGAACAACAUAGGCUACGAGCUGCAGCUGCCGUGUCAUUACCAUUCAUGUAGAACUCACGGGUUGGCAGAGGAGCUUGUGGUAAAAAAACAUGGCCUCCCGUGCUCCCCUCUUCUUUUUGGUCAUUUGCUUCUGUUUAGGACAUGCAAAAUCCUUCAUCGAGGUGGUAUGUGAUAAAACAAUCACUGGUCAGGUUAACCUUCAGUCUAUGCUGACCUGUCAGGUUGAAACCACUCAAGAAAUACCCGAUUUAACGAUCACUCUGGUUGUCUGGAAAAAGCAAGGAGAUGAUCAGUUCAUGUCAGUUCUUGAUAAGAGAGAUGGCAAAGGAAAUAAAUUCCAGCCCGGCUACAAGGUUACCUUGAACGACAGGACCGUAUCUUUGGUCAUCACCGACACUCAAGUGAAAGACGAGGGAGUCUAUACAUGCCAUGUGACGACAGACAGUGGUAUCGCCAAAACGACAACAAACCUCAAAGUGACAGCCAGAUACAAUGCCCCAAUUGUGGACAGCAUCGAUGAGGAAAUCGUUCGAAAUGCUUACAAGUCUCUGAUUUGUAAGGCUACUGGCGGCUACCCAAAAGGCAAACUGCGCUGGUUUGAUGAACACAAAAUGGAGUGGACGGCAAGCGCAGAGCUAACAGUGAACAAAACGGAGGAUGGUCUGUUUGAACUCUUCAGCAAGCUGCCUUUGAUGAAAGGAUCCACCUUCUCUCAGUACACCUGCGUGGUCUACAAUGCCAGCGGCAACAAAGAGGACUCAGUUCCAAUAAUACUACAAUCGACAGAAAAGGAACCGUACAAGAAGCCACUUUCGGCAAUAAUUGCUCCAGUCUUGGUCGUCGGGUCGCUGAUUGUGGGGUUGCUGUUUGCACUGUUAAUCUGCAGAAGACGCUCCCAACAAAAAAACCGGAGGUCCUCAACCGCUCCUCUUAUGGGGACACAUAACAUGGUUCCCCAUACAGAUCAAGUAAUUGAUCCACCUCCUCCUUACUGUGAAGAAAUCAAAGACGGCAUGGCCUAAGGAGACCCAACGAGCUGCAUUUAUGUAUUCACUUUCUACCAAGCUCCAAAAUGAGCAUUUCCUUCUUUGCUAACCUCCACCUUUAUGAUACAACUUUCUUUACAAUGUAAAACUGUGCAUAGCCAGGGAUAACUUGUGCUGUGAUUCACUAGUAAAUUCACAAUUAAUCUGAACGCACCAGAAAUAUUGUUAAAGAGAGAUUAAAUCAAGUCUGAAAACAAGAUGGGCCAGUUGAGUGGAGAAGAAGCUGAAAGGAAGUGUGUACAAAUUUAGGCCCAGACAUGUGAAAACAACACAAAAUGGGAUACUGGAUUAUAGUUAUUAGAGGAGGACUCGGCCCAAGCAGAUAUGUGGUGGCUGUUCAGGGAAAUAUGAGAAGACAGACACGUCUGAGUUUGGCCCACAUUCAAUAGCCUUUGGCAGCUCAGCAGAAUUUUCUUUGUUUUCCUUCAUCUCUUUUGUGAUAUUAUGUAAGAGGUAUGAGGAAAGCACUGAAUCGGGUCAGAGGGCAGUUGUGAGUAUAACUACUAGGGUAUGUGCAUUGUACACUGACAGUGCUCUGCAUUUGCAGACAGUUGAGUGUGUGUGGGUGUGUGUGUGUGUGGGGGUGUGCGUGUG